GAAACUACAUCAGCUAUACUACCUCUCUGCUUCAGGAAAAACAUGUGAAGGAGAUUGUCAUGAAAGCAAUGGGACAGGCAAUCAGCAAGACAGUAGCCAUUGCAGAGAUCAUAAAGAAAAGGAUGCCCCGGUUACAUCAAGAUACUGCCAUCAGUUCAGUCAGCAUAAUUGAUGUAUGGGAACCCAUUGAGGAAGGAGUUGAGAAGUAAUUAUCUUGUUAUUUUUGCCUUUGUUAAUGUAUUGCCCUGAUUCUGUGCCAUAUACAUCUGAGUAUUGAUAUAUGAUGUAGUGCGGAGAUGACUCACCAGGUCUCAAUGAUUUCAAUUACCUUUUGAUUAGGAGAGCUAAACCAAAAUUCCCCUAGGUAAGUUUAUAUGAUAUACUUGUUGCAAUUGACAUCUGAGGCCAUUGUUUUAUCUUUUAUGUGAAGAGAAACAACUAUGAGUCAUUUUUCUUUAUGUAGUUGUCAUAUUUGAUGUUUAGAAGCCUGUAUGUUAGUAUUUGGGGUUUGGGCAUGUUAAUGGCCUUUGAUGGAAGUAGCUUAUAUAUUACUUCAUUUUUUUUUUUUCCUUGGAAUGACUUGAAAAUUGCAAUAGGUACCAAGCUCCGAAUUAUGUUGAAAAGCCAUAGAAUCGCUAUCAACAGCAGCAACCACCUAAACAAGCUCGUAUUCCAUACAAUGUUGGUAAUCAAGGUGACACCAAAAG